UAUAGGGCAGAAGCACGUAUGUUCUCCCGGGGUCCCUCACAGUUAUUUUGCAACUCGACAUAGAUGUCGAUCCGCGAAUCGACAGCCUGAUUUCGCAGCCAUACUUUGUUAGGCCGCAGACUGCAAAAAGUGACAUUUUCUAUAUAAACAGGUGUUCGCUCCACCUUCUGCAAACUCUCUUCCAUUACUCCCUUCUUUACGAACAUACGCUCCAUCAUGAUUGCACAAAUGAUUUUUUGCUUCAGACUCAUCAAUUGCGUUUCGGAAAUCGCUGCGCUUUGCCUCACAGGCUAUUUUCUUGUCGUGCUCCUUAUUGAACUCUCGGUCCAGGCAGAAUCUGCCACCAUGGACUUGAACGCUGUUCAAAUCGAAGAAUACCACUCUGGCCCCUUUGGGGCUGAACCUGAGAUUGAGACUCGUGGAAACACUAACGCUGAUUUCACCUCUAUUCAAAUUGCUGCUGCCUCUGCUGCAUUUCAUCCCAGAUAUUCAAAGGCCACAGAAACAGAUUGCUUUACUGCCUUCUUUCCAUCAAGCGACGGUAGCUUUUUGGAAUUUUCCGACGGAGACACUGGUGCUUCUUCCGUUCUUUCUUUCAAUUCAGAAUCUAAGCUUGGCUCCUCGGCUGGUGGUAUCUUUAUGAAGCCAGCCGUAGUUGUAGACUGUACUGAGACUGAUGAGAUCAAAAGAACGCAAGGAGACUUGUUCCUGGACAACAAUUCUAUUUUCAAUGGGGAACUUGAGAUCCCCAAAAUGGAAGCCAUUGCUCUUCUGCCUGACGCUAACCCAGAUAUUGACAUGGAGUCUGAGUGGCAAAUUCAGGGGAGAAAGCGCAGAAAUUCUCGCAAAAGAACCGGCACAAAAGUGAAGACAGUUUUUGGGACUGAGGCAACUGUUUCCGAAAAAAAACUCGCCAGUGAACCAGAAUCCGCUGUAGCUGGUUCUUCUUUUUCUAAUAAUCCUUAUCUGGUUUUGGCUGACAUCGAUGAGAGUGACUAUCAGGAAUCACGCCCAAGCAGACAAUACAAGAAAGUUCCUGGAAAGCUCGAGCUCUCUUCUCUUGAAAACGUGAUUCCUGACAGCUCUCUGGCCAUGGGCUUGACUAUGGGAAACAACGAAAUGCUCAACCUGAAUGUAGCCUGCAAUAUCAUGGACAUGGCUUGUGAAUCUAUUGAUGAGAAAGACCUGGGACUGAGCCAAGAAUACACUCAGAAUUCGCUCCAAGAAUCUCCUCAAGACGCGGGAGAGGAUCUGGGCUCCAAACAUGUCGGAACUACCGUUGAAAUGUCUGAUAUUUUGGUAUCUAAUAUUUCUGAUGAUGGUUGGAAAGUUCAAGGCAGGAAACGCAGAAAUUCUCGGAAAAGACCUGAACGGAGCGUCACCAUGGCGACAACACCGGGAUCAAGCCUGACUGAUCAGAGGGGUUCUUUGGGGUCAAACCCAUCAAUGAAACCGCCCUCCUCUAAUUUGAAUCCUUUCCUGGUGUUGGCUGAAAUAAGCGAAGAAGACUUUCAACAAGCCCCACCAAGAAGAUAUUUAUGUCUCGAAAACUGAGACAAUUGCUGGCCACUGGGUCAACAGCGCCGUGCUACCAAUUUGAUAGCCACAUCACUCGUAGACUGAUGAAUAA